GCGGGACCAGGCCGGUUGCGCGCGCAGAAGGCUAGUGUACGGGGCAGUUCAAGAUGGCGGCGGCCAUGUUCCGGGCUGUUCUGCGGGGCUGGAGAACCGGCGUCCAGCCGGGCUGCGGGCUACGGCGGCUGAGCCAGACCCAGGGGCCUCCUGAUUACCCCAGCUUCGUCGAGUCUGUGGAUGAAUACCAGUUUGUGGAGCGCCUGUUGCCCCCCGCCACCAUCCCAAAGCCCCCAAAGCAUGAACAUUAUCCCACUCCUAGUGGCUGGCAGCCCCCGAGAGACCCCCCACCCAGCCUGCCCUACUUUGUGCGGCGUUCUCGGAUGCACAACAUCCCUGUCUACACGGACAUCACACAUGGCAACCGUCAGAUGACCGUGAUCCGGAAGGUGGAGGGGGACAUUUGGGCCCUGCAGAAGGACGUGGAAGAUUUUCUGAGGCCACUGCUGGGGAAGACCCCUGUCACCCAGGUCAACGAGGUGACAGGUACUCUGCGGAUCAAGGGCUACUUUGACCGGCAGCUCAAAGCCUGGCUCCUGGAGAAGGGCUUCUGAGGCCCAGCUGAGCAGCCUGCAAGACAGCGUCGCCCCAGAUUGGAGUCCAGGGGCUCUGUGGAGGCGGGGGUGGGUGUUGGAGCAGCUAGGACAGGGGGACAGAGACCAGGGCUAAGGGCUGAGGCAGGGCAGAGCGAGGGCUAAAGGGCUUCAGAGGAGGCCCUGCUUGCACCGUGCGGGGAUGGGACCCUCUGCACAGGUGCCGGCACUGGGCGAGACCCACUAGGGGCAGCUGAGCUAGUGGGGGCAUUGGUUGCUGUCCUCCCACCCCGACUGCUGCUUUCCCUUCAUUAGAACUCCUCGUCAGCUAUGCAAAUUCUGGAGCUUGUCGACUGCUCCUCUGGGGGAAGCACAGCCCAGUCCACUUUCGGGGGGGGGGGGGGUAGCACACGCACUGGGGACAUUACUUCCCUGGCCCUCAGACCCAUCCUGCUGCCAACACUCCCGAGCCCUUGCCAGCCCUGACUUGGUGGUGGCUACGAAGAACACAGAUGACUCAGAGGUGGGUCCCGGAGGCCUUCAGCUCCCAGUGGAGCCAGAAGGCCCGGUCACCUCUGCUCCAUUCCAGACAGAGUUGGUCCUGACUGGGUCUCUGGCUCCGUGGAGCGAAGUGAUUAGCUUUAGCUGGCCUGCCCACAAGGCGGUGCUCAGGAGCUCCCAGCAGCCCAGCACCGGGCCAGCCUCCCCAGCUUCCUGACUGCUAUCAAGGCUGGACAGGUUUGCAGGCAGGAAGAUGCUGGCUGGCCCUUUGCCCCUGCCAUCUGUCCCACCUCCAGGCAAUGAACCUUCACACUUGCCCUCUCCCUGGAGUCACGAGGGCCAAAGGCCUGAGUUCCCAACCCCACCCCAGCAAAGUGGCAUGACAGGGUUCAGAGCCUGGCUCCCCUACUUGGUCUCUGACCUAAGGCGGGGUCCUUAACCUCGGGCCUCCGUUUAUUCGUGUGUAAAAUGGGUAUAUCUUCCUAAUGGUUUAAUAAUCAACAACGUGCCCCCAAACAGUGCUGGCUUCUACAAAUAAACCCGCACCCCUGCAGCUCCAGGCCAUUCUCAAGUCAACAGCCUGAGCAAGAAAAAGGAGCCUGCACACUGAUGGCACGACACCAGCUCCACCAAUCGUUAAUGCAAGUUUUUAUUUGGCUGUAUAUACAAUUUAAGCUAUUAAAAUUUGUACAAUAUUUACAAAUUAAAUAAUCAUCUCAAA